UUUUUUUUUUAACUGUCAUAUUUUUCGUUUAUACGAGUUGGCAUAGUUUACUAUGGCGACAUUAUCAACAGGAAAGACAACACCAUCUGCUAAAGCAGCUCGACAGUCUGUGGAACAGGUUGCUCAUGAGUUCAACAUGUUUCGCGUUCUCAUAUUAAAACCCAACUGUCCGGUCCAGCUAUUUACGUCAAGAAUGACUCUUGAGAAAAAUGUGAUUUUUAUUGUCUCUAUUUUAACAGCCAUUUAAGAUCUGUACAAAGUGACAAACAACCCUAGGAUACCGAACGUCCUGCAUCUGCUUGUUACAGGAUACCAGCUGUUUGAAUACUACUCUUUGUGUUGUAGCCGACUGGUAUACGUUCAGCCAAUAUGAUGCUGUUCACACUUGUGUGAUGGCUACUGAGGAGGUAAUUCUUCUGAUGGUGAAAACGUUU